UGCCCGGGGAGGAGCGUCGCGUCCCGCCUCUCGCGAGAGCGUCGCGUCUUCCCGGAGCGCGCAGGGCUUGUAAACAGAGCGGCGGGCGCCCCUCCUGGAAGGAGCUCCGACUGCCCCCCACGCUUCAGGAUGCAGCCCAGGCACCUCCUGCCAGCCGCGGCGGCCCUCGUCCUGCCAGUCUGCCUGUUGUGGGAGCUGCCGGCCGCAAAGGGCUACAUCCACGCGGUAUCGGACCACAAUACCAGCAUGGAGUUCUCUGACCUGCCAGCCGUUUUUGGCUUCCCGCUGCCCCGGGAAGGACUCGUGGGUCUUCUAGUGGAAGCCAGGCCGGCCAACGCCUGCCUGCCCCUCCAGGCGCCUCCGUCCAACAGCAGUGUCUUCAUCGCCCUCGUCCGGCGGUUCAACUGCAGCUUUGACAUUAAGGUCUACCAUGCUCAGCAGGCCGGCUUCCUGGGCGUCAUUGUGCACAACGUUGGCUCGGAUGACCUGCUGAACAUGGUCUGGGAGGACGACCAGCUGCGCAGGCACAUCACCGUCCCCUCUGUCUUCACGGGUGAAACAGCAGCCACCUACCUGCGGAGCCUCUUCACCUACGAGAGAGGGGGCCACGUCGUCCUGAUCCCUGAGUACAUUUUCCCGCUGGGCUACUACCUCAUUCCCUUCACAGGCGUGGUGGGCGUGGUGAUUGCCGUGAUGUGCACCAUCCUGAUUGUUCGGUGUAUCCAACAUCGGAAGAGGCUGCGGAAGGACCGUCUGUCCAAGGAGCAGCUGAAAAAGAUCCCCCUGCACAAGUACAAGAAAGGGGACGAGUAUGACGUCUGCGCCAUCUGCCUGGAAGAGUACGAAGAUGGGGACAGGCUGCGAAUCCUGCCGUGCUCCCACGCCUACCACUGCAAGUGUGUGGAUCCGUGGCUGACCCAAACCAAGAAGACCUGCCCGGUUUGCAAGCAGCGGGUCAUCCGGUCCCCGGAGGACUCGGACUCUGAAGGGGAAGAGGGCAGCGAUCCGGCCGUGCCUGCCCAGAGUGAGGUGGGGCCGUUGGACUUGGGGCACGAGGAGGAAGAGGACGAUGAUUCUGAGCGCACCCCCUUGUUGCGCCCCUCACCCAGCACAGCCGUGGCUCCCCCCUGCUUUGGCAGCAUGGCCCGGUCAGUGCCCUCCAGCCCCCAGGGGCUCCUGGCUGAGGGUGGGGAGGAGGCGCCCCCCAGUCCUCCCCCACAGAACCAGCUGCUGGUCUAGGCCACUGCCCCAGCCCUAGCCCUUUCUCACCCUGCCUCCUGGGGGCAGGCAAGCCCCCUCCUCUCAGUGCAGGUGGGAAAGGCACUCCGGCUGGCUUCCAGGAUUUGUCACUUUGCAGUGCAAGGUCCUAGUUCUUGCACACCCACCCACCCCCUUUGUGUGGUGUAGAAGACGGAGGUCUUCACAAGAGAAGCAGCAGUGGGCGGCUGAGCCUGGCAGGACAUGUGGCAAGCACCCUGGGCGCCAGAUCGCCCCUCUUUGGGCUGCUCCCAGCCCUCUGCCAGCCAGCGUUCUUGCGGGGGGGGGGGAGGGGGCAGACACAAUCCAGGCCUCCUGCACUUCUGGGUACACUGCCAAGCAGGAGGGCCUGGAGCAGCUUCCAAAGAGCCUGGGGGAGAGGGCCUUGAUCCCUACCCCUUUUGCUGUGCAGGCCUAGCUUCCUCGGCUGGACCACUUAUGUGCCAACCGACCCCCUUUUCCCACAGAGAGCAGCCCUUCAGAAAAGGGGGGGUGAGAAACCCCCCCCCACCAAAAUUUUCCCACCAUGCUGCUGCCACCCUGGCUGCUGCCAAACCCCGGGGGUGGGGUGGGGAUUUUUUACUUUUAGCAACUUCCAACUGAUUGGGCAGGUUCUGCCAAUGGGCAGCAGUGGGAGGGGGGCCACAGCCUGUGCAAGGGCAAAGGGAAGAUGGAAGGAGCAGGCAGCCCUCCAGUCAAUCAAUAAAAAUACAAUUUACCGUC